CUAUCUCUAUGGUUUCGACAAAGUCUAUGGUUUCGACCAUCUAGAUUGUCUACUAUAUCUUUAGUGAUUUUUAAAAUUGUCGUCGAAUAGUUGUCGAAUUAAACUAUUUAAAUAAAUAAAACUAUAAUGUCGAUAAUGAAGACAAAUAUGCUGGUUCGCUCACUGAGCACAUCAUCAGCUGCAGCUCAGCUUAUAAAACCUCCUGUACAAGUUUUUGGUUUGGAGGGUAGAUAUGCAUCAGCGCUAUAUUCGGCGGCCUCAAAGAGCAAAAGCUUAGACGCAGUUGAGAAAGAACUGACACAAUUUCAGCAAUCUAUUAAAACUGAUGCAAAGCUGAAGGAAUUCAUAAUUAACCCUACUCUGAAGAGAAGUUUGAAAGUAGAUGCUUUAAAACAUCUUACUUCUAAGACAAGCCUUUCUGCAAACACAGGCAAUUUGUUAGGGCUAAUGGCUGAAAAUGGCCGCCUAGACAAAUUGGAGGCAGUGAUCAAUGCAUUCAAAGUUAUGAUGGCAGCUCACCGUGGAGAGGUUACCUGUGAGGUUAUUACCGCCAAACCCUUGGACGUGGGCCAGAAACAAAGUCUGGAAGCUGCUCUCAAGAAAUUCCUGAAAGGCAAUGAGACCCUACAACUUACUGCUAAGGUGGACCCAACUUUGAUGGGAGGCAUGAUUGUUUCAAUUGGUGACAGAUAUGUAGAUAUGAGUGUUGCCAGCAAAGUCAAGAAGUAUACUGAACUUAUCAGUGCUGCUGUAUAAACAAAUAAAUAAUCCAGUAUAAUGAUCAAGUAGCAAAUAAUUUAUUGUUUAUGUCUUGUCUGUAGUCAAGUGAAGUAAAGCUUCUGCUACAAAAUGGCAA